AUGCUGCUGCUGCCGCCCACUGUCUAUGAAUUUACUCUCAGUGAUCUUAUCAACUCCCAUGGAUUCAAUUAUCAUCUCUAUGCAGGUAACAUCAUUGGCUCUGGGAUAUUCAUCUCCCCCAAAGGCGUGCUGGAACAUACGGGCUCAGUAGGCCUGGCCCUUGUGGUCUGGGUACUAGGUGGAGGAAUUGCAGCUCUAGGGUCCCUGUGUUAUGCUGAGCUCGGAGUGACCAUCCCCAAAUCUGGAGGUGAUUACUCCUAUGUGACUGAAAUCUUUGGAGGCCUUGCAGGCUUCCUGCUGCUUUGGAGUUCAGUACUCAUCAUGUACCCCACCAGCCUGGCCGUCAUCUCACUGACCUUCUCCAACUAUGUCCUCCAGCCUGUGUUUCCCAAUUGCAUCCCGCCCUACACAGCUUCCAGAGUACUCUCCAUGGCCUGCCUAUUGUUCCUCACAUUUGUGAAUGGCUCCAGUGUCCGGUGGGCCACACGGAUCCAGGACAUCUUCACAGGAGGGAAGUUGCUGGCACUUGCCCUCAUCAUCAGCGUUGGCUUCGUCCAGAUCUUCCGGGGCAACUAUGAGGAGCUGAAGCCUGACAAUGCAUUCAGCUUCUGGAUGACGCCGAACGUGGGGCACCUGGCCCUCGCCUUCCUGCAGGCAUCCUUUGCGUUCAGCGGCUGGAAUUUUCUCAACUAUGUGACAGAAGAACUGGUUGAGCCCCGCAAGAACCUACCUCGAGCCAUCUUCAUCUCCAUUCCACUGGUGACAUUCGUGUACACCUUCACCAAUGUGGCGUACUUCACGGCUAUGUCCCCACACGAGCUCUUGUCUUCCAACGCAGUCGCUGUGACAUUUGGAGAGAAGCUACUGGGCUAUUUCUCUUGGAUCAUGCCUGUCUCCGUCGCCCUUUCUACUUUUGGAGGGAUCAAUGGAUAUCUUUUCACCUCCUCCAGAUUAUGCUUUUCUGGAGCCCGUGAAGGCCACCUUCCCAGUCUGCUGGCCAUGAUUCAUGUCCAACACUGCACCCCCAUUCCUGCACUUCUCGUCUGUUGUGGAGUCACAGCAGUGAUCAUGCUUGUGGGAGACACAUACACAUUAAUUAAUUAUGUGUCCUUCAUCAACUACCUCUGCUACGGAGUGACCAUCAUUGGCUUGAUUGUGUUGAGAUGGAAGAGACCCAAGCUCUUCAGACCCAUCAAGGUAAACAUUCUCAUCCCAAUCACAUACUUGACCUUUUGGGCAUUUCUGCUGAUCUUCAGCUUUUACUCAGAGCCGGUGGUCUGUGGCAUUGGCCUCAUCAUCAUUCUCACAGGUGUCCCUGUGUUCUUCCUGGGCGUGUCCUGGAAAAACAAACCAAAGUGUGUGCACAGGCUCGUUGAGUCCAUUACAUGCUGGGGCCAGAAGUUGUGCUUCGUGGUAUACCCUCAGAGCGAUGCCCCCGAAGAGGAAAACGGUCCCUGCCCUCACCCCACCCUUCCUGGAAGUGAAAAGACUUUGAAGACACAAUGAGAUGCUUAUCAAGAGUCAAGUAGAUUUUUUUUGUUUACAAGUUUUGUUUUUGUUUUUGAAAAAGUUUUCUUGGGGAAAAAAAAUGUUUCUUAGAUACUUUUCAUAGCAAAGCCCCACCCCCCAACAGCAGCCCCCACCCCA